AUGGAAGAUGGAGCAAUCCUUGAUUCUGACUCUGAGUCUGACCUCUCUGAUGAUGACGUAGACUAUGUGCCACAGGGUCAAGCUGAAGUUGCUGGUGAUGAAGAAGACUCCUUGGACGAGCUAGAAGACUCGUCUGAUGAGUCCUCUGAAGAGGAAACUCAGACCCAGGCCAAUAGGCUAAGUAAAAAGGGGUCUUACUGGAAUGAGAAACCCCCCACUCAAGGCAGAGCAAGAACCCAUAACAUCCUGAGGAGGUGUCCAGGACCCGUAUCUGGUUCAACAAUCAUUUCACCAAAAGAUGCCUGGGAGUUGUUCAUUAGUGAUAACAUCAUAGAGGAGGUUUUAAGAUGCACUAACUUAGAGGGACGCAGAGCCGCAGCAGCAAAAGGAAAAGAGUGGAGAUGCCUCGACAAAGUGGAAUUCACGGCAUUUAUUGGUUUGACCCUCCUUGCAGGGGGGGACAAGAGCUGGGAUGUGGCCUUGCGGGAGCUCUUUCUGGAUCCCCUGCAAAAUCCGACGUAUAAGGCCACCAUGGGGUUCCACAGAUAUGAGGAUUUCCGCCGCCUCAUACGGUUUGAUUAUAAGAGGACUAGGGCUGUUAGACUGGAAACAGACCACAUGGCUGCAUUCAGAUAUGUGUGGGACUGUUUCCUGGCCAAUUGCAAGAAAGUGUUCGUCCCCAGUGAUUGUGUCACUAUAGAUGAGCAGCUUGUGCCAUUCCGUGGAAGGUGCAAGUUCUUACAAUACAUGCCAAGCAAGCCAGCAAAAUAUGGGAUCAAAAUCUUUUGGAUGUGCGAUGCAAGGGUCCAUUAUGCAUUCAAUGGCAUGAUCUAUACAGGGCGACAGCCAGGAGAGGAUAUUCAGAGGAACCUUGGCGAGAAUAUUGUCCAACAGUUGUCCAGCGGAAUAAGACACACAGCUCCAGAGAAGAACCUUACGCUUGUGGGGACUCUUCGCCAGAACAAGCCAGACAUACCACCUGUCAUGAAGCCAAACAAACUGAGAGAGAAGUACAGCUCCAAAUUUGGAUUCUGUGGCAACAUGACAAUGGUGAGCUAUGUCCCGAAAAAGGGGAAGGCUGUUGUGCUGCUAAGCACAAUGCAUGAUGACACAGCAGUGGAUGACCAGAGUGUUAAGAGGAAGCCAGAAGUGAUCCAAUAUUACAACCACACAAAAUCAGGAGUGGACACAAUGGAUCAAAUGGUUCGCACGUACACCUGCAAACGGAGAACACGGAGGUGGCCCAUGGUGCUCUGGCACAAUGUGCUGGAUGUUGCCACCCUCAACGCCUUCACCAGCUACACUGCACAACACCCUGGUUACAGGGUGGUGUGA